AUGGAGUCGGAUCGUCCGUGUUUAGACAUCAAGGACGUUGGUCGUAAUCGAGUGAAUUGCAGUGACGGCGGCGACAGGAUCAGCGCUCUACCCGACGACAUCCUCCUCAACAUACUCCAAUGUCUGGACCUGCGCACGGCGGUCAGGGCGGGCGCCAUGGCGAGGCGAUGGAGGCGCCUCCCGUGCAUGCUCCCCGAUCUUGACAUGGACGUCGCCACCAUGGUACCGCACCAUCGCUUGAACUUCUCCUUGGAUUGUGUCAUGGCCAGGUACACCAAUUCCGUAAAGUGGUUUCUGCUGCCCACUCAUCACCGGACGAGCCUGCGCUUCGCAUUCUACCUUGCAGAAGUAGACCCGUGCCUGCGCUCCAUCGGAGGCGCAAUCGCCGCCACCCCCGCCGACCGCCUCGAGCUCACCGUACGGACUGCAUACGACGUCGAGUUCGCCGAGUAUGGUCAACGCUUUGCAUCGUUCUUGGCGGCCUGCCCCACCGCCUUCGCGCGGCUCACUACCAUUACCUUGCAAGAUUUCGUCUUCACCACCGGCUCGGAGAUCGCCGCUCUUCUUGACGCCUGCCACAGCCUAGAGCUCCUCUCCUUGACCAAAUGCAGGUGCAGGGCCUCUGUUGCUUAG